UGCAAAAGGAAGAGAAAUAUAUUUCAAACAUUUUACAAAAAAACCUGACAUAUUUUAUACAGUAAAAUAUACGAGCUUAUCUUAACUUAUUCACUUUUAAGUUUUGUCUAUGUAUUUGCACGAGGUGAAUUGUCAAAAUGGAUAAAUUAAAGAAUAAUAAUUUAAAAAAAUAUAUUGUUGAUGAAUAAAAGAUAUUUCAAACAAAUGAAUAAAAUCAGUUUAAAACAAAUAAUAACUGCGUAAAUGUUGAAGGAAAUUAAUCACGUAUCUGGAUUGGAAUAUAUCAGUGUUUUCAGAAAUAGAUAAACAAAAUAAAACGUAAAAAAAUGGCAACUUCAAAUAAUCCUGACGGACAAGUAGCAGAAAAGAUUUCCGAAACUUCUGCUUUCGCAGAAAAAACAAAGUCCAAAUUGGAAGAAAUGUUUGGGCGGCUGUAUUUACACGGACAACUUGGAGAUAUGGAUGCAACUGAAAGACAAGAACUGAUGGGCCUACGUGAAAAGCUUGAAGACCUGAAGAACACUAUCGACCACUUCCAAAAGGAUUCGUCCGAGGUUUGUGGAAUUGAUUCGAGCGUUUCGAAACAAAGGUCUGAAGUCGAAAGACGUGACGUCAAAGGAAGGUUAUGUGUUGACCGGGACCCGGAAAGUGGUUAUAAAUCAAAAGAGUUGUCCAAAGCCUACAGUACACCGUCACAGUCUUUUGAUAGACUUGCUGGAGCUGACAAGAACGAUACUAAUGUCACUUCCGAUGAAGAAACAGAAUUGUAUAACCCAUCAGUCCCACUGAUAUCUAGCUCGGAUACAAACGAAUGUCAAACAGAGAGGAAGGAGGUUACCUCCUUUUUCCUUGAGACCCCAGAGGCCUCUACUACUUCAUUAUGUAAAAUGGAUGAUGAACCUGAUCAGCAACCAACCAACAUCUCAAAACUAAAUGCUGAACAAGAAUCCGCCACCAAUCCUUCGGAUGUACAGUUUGUACCAGACGUAUUGAACGACCUUUCAAAACCGCCGUCAGAGGAGAACAACCUGGCAUAUCCUACUGAGCCCAGUCCAACCACCAACCACCAUUAGGACGGACUGGGAAAUAAAAGCUGCAAACUUCCGAUCUGUACACUUGUGAAUACGGAUUUGUAAAGAAAAGAAUAAAUUGACAACAAUCGGCGCAAAGGGAAUUAAAUUGAGAUUCUAGAGACUUGCUACUUCUUUUGAUGGAUAAAAUUUAAAAAAAUCUCUUAAUCAGAGAGAAAGAGAGAGAGAGAGAGAGGGAGAGGGAGAGGGAGAGGGAGAGAGAGAGAGAGAGAGAAAGAGGUUUUUCCUCACCGCAAAGUUUGUAUUAUUGUGACAGGAGUAUUUCACGGUUGUAAAUAUGUUUCAGAAGCAUCAAUGUUUAAGUAUCGUUAUGUACAAGUUCUUUUCGUAGCUUUAAAAACGCAGAGGUAUGAAAACUUUAAAAUUUCUCAUUCUCUGUACAAUUCUUUGUAGGUAGUUUUGGUUACAUGAUGUAAUAUGACUUUGAUGUCAGUCCUUUAAAAAACGUUAACCUGAGUGUCACACAAUUCUGUGACAAUAGUAUGCCCUUAAUGCUUUUUGUAAAUGUAUAUUUAUUUGUAUAUAUAAUAAGACCAUAUGGAAUGUUAUGUUUUGCUUUUUUUUAACAAUACCGUUGCUAUUUAAUGUUUAUCAUUUAUAUGCUCACUAAAAUAAAUUGAUCUUUCGAACAAAAAACAAGUAUGGAAUUUUCGCUGAAAGACUUCAAUCAAUAGAGAUUGAGUGAUAUCAAUCGAGCUCGUUAUUAUCACCACACGGCGUGUUUAUUGUCUAAUAACUCGUAUAAGGAAAUUUUGAUUUCACUAUUUUCUCAUUCUCUGUAUGUUUACAUUUCAAACAAAUAUGCAGCUGUACAAUUAAUAGUUCCGUGGAAAAGGAAAGACUAUGUGAUGGCACUGGCUUAAUUAUUAAGGAUAAAACUUCUUUUUUUUUCUAACAAAUGCAUUUAUUUAUGUAUUGUAAAUCGUUGCUUUUCAACUAUAUUUUCUAUCUCAAUUAAACACUAUGAUAAGGGCACAAUACUAAAAUAUAACACGGACGUUUAAUAAAAGCAAACAGACACUUUCAUUCUACUGACAUAUGAUUUUAUAUUAGUACCUGAUAAUGAAGAAUGAAAACAACAAAUAAAUAAAUAAAAGCAAACAAAAAAGUCCCUACAACUUUUAUCUUUCUUUUGAAGAAUUCAAUAUUUUUGUCUUUAUCGGACCAACGGGAAGCUCGAUUUUUUAUUUAGCCUUAUUUGCUCAAAUAGGUUAAACAGCAAAAAAAAAAAAAAAACAAAGAAAAA